GGUGGGGGCCGGAAGGGGUGUGGGGGGGGCAAUGCAAACGCCGCUGCUGCGCCUCUGGGUCCGCGUGCUCGCACGAGGUGGAGGAGGUGGUGGAGGCGGCGUUUGGACGAGACGCGAAUUCGCCUCGAGUCUCCAGCUCGCGUCGCCCGCAGUCGUCCAGUGCCGGUCCGUCACCAUGACGCGCAGGAAGAGACCCGGGAUGAAAAAGCCCGCGGCGGAGAGGCGAGAUGGAGGAGACGGAGGCGAAAGAGGUGGCUGGGGAGCCGGUUACGCAGAGAUUGUGAAGGAGAACAAGCAGUUUGAGUCGUACUACCAGGAGCAGGCCAUCGUGCCCGAGGCCGAGUGGAGCGCCUUCAUGGAGGCCCUUCGAGAGCCGCUGCCCGCCACGUUCCGCAUCACGGGAUACAAGAGCCACGCCGAUGAGCUUCUCCGCUGCCUCAAGAGCAAGUUCUUCAGCGAGCUGGUGGGCCUGGAGGUGGACGGGCAGCCCGUGGAGGCUCCAAAACAGCUCGAAUGGUACCCCAACGAGUUUGGCUGGCAGGUGAAUCUGAGCCGGAAGAGCAUCCGCAAGUGCCACCUGCUGGAGGCGUUCCACCAGUUCCUCAUCACGGAGACGGAGUCGGGAAACAUCAGCCGCCAAGAAGCGGUGAGCAUGAUCCCUCCGCUCCUGCUCAAGGUGGAGCCGCACCACAAGGUGCUGGACAUGUGCGCAGCGCCGGGCUCAAAGACGGCACAGCUGAUCGAGAUGCUGCACUCUGACAUGAGCACGCCUCUCCCCGACGGCUUCAUCAUCGCUAACGACUCGGACAACAAGCGCUGCUACCUGCUGGUGCACCAGUCGAAACGCCUGCACAGCCCCUGCGUCAUCGUGUGCAACCACGACGCCGGCAGCCUGCCGCUGCUGCAGAUGACGCCGACGCCGCCUGCCCCGGCGGCGUCGGGGGAGGCCGCCGCCGCCACGACGCGCCAGUUCCUCCGCUUCGACCGCAUCCUCGCCGACGUGCCGUGCAGCGGCGAUGGAACACUUCGCAAAAACAUCGACGUGUGGAAGAAAUGGACGCCAGGGAACGGCCUCAACAUGCACGGGCUCCAGCGGAGGAUCUCGGUGCGCGGCGCGGAACUGUUGGCGGUGGGCGGCCGCAUGGUCUACUCCACGUGCUCCCUCAACCCCGUGGAGAACGAGGCCGUGGUCGCCUCGCUGCUCCACAGCAGCCAAGGAGCCCUGGAGUUGGUGGACGUGUCGGAGGAACUCACUCAGCUCAAGCGCAUGCCGGGACUCACCGCCUGGAAGGUCAUGACGAAGGACGGGGCGUGGUUCGAGAACCUGGAGUCCGUGCCGCCUGAACGUCGCGCCCAGUUGCGCCAGACUAUGUUCCCUCCGCCCGACCCGGCGGUCCUCCAGAGUUUCAACCUCCACCGCUGCGUCCGGAUUCUGCCGCACCACCAGAACACCGGCGGGUUUUUCGUGGCCGUGCUGGAGAAGAAGCGAGAGAUGCCCUGGAACAAGCGGCAGCGGAACGUGCAGAACUCUAAAGCGGCCUCAUCCGCGUCGGCAAACGCCGACGGAACGGCGAUUGCCGACGCGGACGCAGAGGAUUCUGGGAAGCCCGCCGCCGAUGACGCCGUCGCCGAUGCCGACGCGGCCGCCCUCGCUGAGCCGUCGCCCGCGAUUCACGACGGCGUCUGCGGCCCCCCGCCGUCGAAGAAGUUUAAGCUGCACGGGUACAAGGAGGACCCGUUCGUGUUCAUGCGGGAGGACGACCCCAUUUUUCCUUCCAUCAAGGGCUUCUACAAGCUGGCGGCGAACUUCCCGCUGCGCAACCUGCUGACGCGCACGCACGAGGGCAAGAAGCGCCACCUGUACCUUGUGUCGAGCCAAGUCCGCGACAUCAUGAUCCACAACAGCCAGCGCGUCAAGAUCAUCAACACGGGCGUCAAGGCGUGGUCGAGGAACGCUGAUGGAGAGGAGUUUGGUUGUGCCUUCCGUCUGGGACAAGAGGCGAUCUACACGCUGUUCCCGUACGUGGGCGAGCGCGUGGUGAGCGUGCCCUACACGGACAUCGUGGUGCUACUCACGCAGGAGAACCCCUUCCUGGGCAAGUUCUCCCUCGAGGCGCGCAACCAGGCCAAGCCGCUCAGUAUUGGAAGCGUUGUGCUGAAGUACGAACCAGACCCGGAGCAGCCGGACUCGCCCCGCUGUCCCAUCAUCCUUUGCGGCUGGCGCGGGAAGACUUCCCUGCGCUGUUUCGUGGCCAAGAACGAGCGGCUGCACUACCUGCGCAUGCUGGGCAUCGACGUGGCGCUGCCCAGGCCGGCGGGUGGAGAAGACGCGGAGGCGCCGGAGGGCACCGGGGCCGGCAACGGCGCCGGCGACAACGGAGACGCGGGCCCAGACGUCGGAGCCUCUGAACGUUCCGACACGGGCACCGCCCGCGCGGAGACGGAGCGCGACGGCGCCGGGAGGACGGCGACGACGCUAGCGGCGGACGCGACACAAGCGGGAGGAGGCGGCGGUGACGCAGCGGGCGAGAGCGGAGCGGCCACGGUGGAGCAGGCGUAGCCGGUGUUGAGUACGCGGCAAGCGGAGCGAC